AUGCGCCCACUCACCGAGCCAGAGACGCAGACCGUCCUCAAGAAACUCGCAAACUACGCCGGCCCCUCGCUCAAGGACCUCUUUGCGCCCCUCGACGCCUCGGCCAAGCCCGACCACCACGUCCUGCGCCUCUCGAGGAGCCGCGUCUACUAUGUCCGCCUCUCGCUCGCCAACCUAGCCACCUCGGUCGCCCGCGACAAGCUCCUGUCGUGCGGCACAUGUCUCGGUCGCUUCACCAAGUCGGGCAAGUUUCACCUCCACAUCACCGCCCUGCCCAUCCUGGCGCCCAUUGCGCGGUACAAGAUCUGGCUGCGGCCCAACGGCGUCAUGCCCUUUCUCUACGGCGGCAACAUCGUCAAGGCCCACGUCGGCCGCUGGUCCCAGGACUGCCCCGAGCACCUCGGCGUCGUCGUCUACACCAUGGACGACACCCCGCUCGGCUUCGGCGUCACGGCGAAGAGCACCGCCGGCGCCCAGUCGCUGGGUCCCACAGGCAUCGUGUGCUUCAGGCAGGCUGAUUGCGGAGAGUACCUGCGAGACGAAGACUCGCUCUUUACCACCUCAGGAUAG